AUGAUCUCCCACCGGUUCUACGACAAGGCGUGUCGCCAGGCGUACCGACGAGCGGUAGGGAGUCACCAGCGGGCCCGACUAAAGCCGUUCGAGGUCGACAACACCAUCCCCGGCACCCUUCUCCGCUCCCAGCUCCAGCGCACUCACCCUGCCACUACCAUCGUCACCCGCGCCGUGGCCCUGCCUCUCGAGGCCACCAUAGCCAACCAAUUGUUGGACGAACCCGAGGAAGUGCCCUCCGACCUCAGGCGCUACGUGGCCCUGAUCUGUGCUCGCGGAGUCACCGACGCCUGCGGCGCAUUAAUCAAUAUGGUCGACAUCCCCGCGUUUAUCAUGGGGGAUAUUUUGACCCGCCUGCCCCGGCUGAGGCGGGAACUCGACCUCCAGGUGGAUAUAUGGUUUGAGUACGGUCCCGAGAUGACGGCGCUGCUUGAGCCAAGCCGAGUCCAGGGCUACUUCGAGAAUUUGUUGGGGUACGCCAUUGGCUACUACGGAGUGCUGGCGGCGAAAUUCCUGCGAUUCCUCGCUCAUCUGGUGACUGUACUCCCUGGGGAACGUCCCCAGGUGGUUAACUACGCCAUGUGGCAGCUCAUCCGCAAGUUUUACGCGGCUAACAUCCACCAUUCGCAAAGCAGCCACCACUUAGUGGCCGUGUAUGAGCUGCUUGUGGGCUACCUCCCACGCCCCGUGGCUGACCUUGACCUCUACGGUAUUGGUAGUAUCGCCAUGGCCGUGUUUACUCAGCUGCCAGCGAAAGCUCGGCAAUUGUGGGGUCGCCAUCCUGCCUACAUUAACGGCGCUUCAAUGACUAAAGCUCAGCAACACGUGAUUGACGCCGUCGAACUCUCUCUUUGCACUAAGCCAGAAACGUUAUUGGCAUCAUUCAACCAGGCGCUUGCUCGUGGAGGACUGACGCUGUGGCUCUGGCUUAUGUUCCUCCGUAAGCUCCGCCCUUUAGGUAUUCUAACCGAGGAACGGGCGAUUACGGUGAUGAAUCAGUUGGAGAAACACGCUCAGGACACCCUUGUAACACGUGAUAUCGUCGAAGCUGUGUUGGCCACCGUCAAGCUGUAUAAGGGGCUUAUUGCCGUCACCACCUCUCUUGAGGCUAUGGGGAUUGAGCCUCAGCUUCGCAGUCUUCUUGUGCCUCGUCACAUAAGACUCCUAUACCGCCACCGCCUCCAAGGGCUACGCUACCACCCGUUUCCGUGGUCUCCUCCCGAAGCGGAAGCAAAACAGAUGCUGGCACUUGACUACGCUCGCCAAUUGUUUGAGCUGAUGCCGGUACACACCAACCAAGCCAUUGGCGAGUUCUUAGACGGAGAGCUGAUGGCAGAGCCCUCGCAGGUGUGGAAUCACUACAAGCGCUUAGUGAUGGUCGACAAUGUCCCCAACGCCACCAGUCUCGUGGCACUAAUCCGCGCUGCACGUAAAGGACGUUGGGAGUGGCAAUUAGUCGACGGCAGUACCCUAUUUGCUCCCCAGAUCGCCGUCCACCAGUGGAAGCGGCACGUGGCCACCACCCGCAUGGGCCAGGUGGGGUGGCAGCAGUACCUCCACCUUUUGGCGCAGAACUCGUAUACCGACGAGCUCGCCGCCAUCAUCAAGUGGUGGGAGCUGCUUGGUUUUGUCCCCAACCGCCACACCCUCUUGGUGCUUUUGCGGCUGCUUCCUCGCGACCACGCGUUGCGCCACAUCGACCACUACCACAAGGUCAAGCACGACCUGGCGAAGGUGCCGCCGCCCAAGGUGACUCCCGCCGACGUGUUGCACUGGCCGUGGCCGACCAAGGACGAGUUGGGCCCCGAUAUCGGCGCUGGCCCCUAG